CUCAUUUAUAUUCAAUGAUUCAUUCAGUCAAUAUGCUCUCUCUCUCAAUGGCAAGAGGAAUCAUGAGCUUCCCUGCAGUAUUGACAACCCUUUUCGUUCUUUUGCUAUUUCAUCAAACUUGCAGUGUUAAGGAUAUUCAUCUUACCGAGGCAGCAAACGGUACUUGUUCUCCUUCUUGUGGCAGUAUCCAAAACAUAAGCUAUCCAUUUCGAUUAAUGGAGGAUCCACCAAACUGCGGCGACCAAAGGUAUAACCUGUCAUGUGAGAACAACAUUACUUUCUUAUACUUAUAUGGUGGAAAGUACUAUGUUCGGGAAAUCAAUUACAGUGACUACUCAAUCCGAGUAGUAGACUCGGGUAUUCAGAGGGCUAAUUUCUCCUCUAUCCCUCGUUAUUUUCUAACCCGUUAUAAUUUUAGUUAUAUGGAUCCAUAUUCAGAUUAUUACUCAGAAACGACUAGUAUGGCUUUCUUGAGCUGUGAAAAGCAAGUGAUUAAUUCACAGUACUCUUAUUUCAACUUUCCAACUAAUUGCUCUGAGAACAGAGUAUAUUCUACCAAGUACUCUUCAUCAUCUUCCCAGAUGCAUAGAUAUGUUACAUAUCAUGUAUAUAUAAAUCCAGAGAUGGUGGAGGAAUCUUGCCGACUAGAGCUAAUAUCCCUAAUAUCCCAUGGAUAUACAGAAGCAGCUCCUUCCUGCGAAAAGAUCCACAACGAAUUGUUAUAUGGUUUUAGGCUUUCUUGGUUCCGAGUUUAUUGUGAAUAUUGCGACGGUUGCGACUACGAUGAGGACGCGAAUAAAAUUCAAUGCUAUAAUUAUACUACCAAAGGAUUCUUCGAAAGACUUGAGGAGGUAUACAAUGGUGUUAUGAACGGACUUGGGGGAGCAUUGUACGUCCUAACACGAGGAAAGUUACCUGACGCCCUAUUUGCAGCAGUACAUUACCACCAUGAUUGGACAUCGCAAGCUGCUGCACCCAUAAAGUGGAUUAUACUGGUUUUAUAUCUGGGGCUAUACCUUGGAGCAAAACUGGUAAUAGGGACUCCAAUUGUGGUUGCAUUCUUGAUCUAUAAAUGGCGAAGGAGGCAUUUGUCAAUGUAUGAUGCUAUUGAAGACUUUCUACAAAGUCACAACAAUCUCGCGCCGAUAAGAUAUUCAUACCCACAAAUUAGGAAGAUGAGCAAGAAUUUCAAGGACAAACUAGGUGAAGGAGGUUAUGGAACUGUAUUUAAAGGAACACUUCGAAGUGGCCGACUUGUGGCAAUAAAGAUAUUAACUAAGAGCAAAGCUAAUGGGCAAGACUUUAUCAAUGAGGUUGCAACCAUUGGAAGAAUUCAUCAUGUUAAUGUAGUGCAACUCAUUGGUUUUUGUGUUGAAGGAUCAAAGCGUGCUCUUGUAUAUGAGUUCAUGUCUAAAGGGUCUCUGAAUGACCAUAUUUUUAUGAAAGAAGGAAGUAUCCUCAUAAGCUACAAGAAAAUGCAUGAAAUUGCUCUAGGGGUGGCUCGUGGGAUCGAAUACCUACAUCGAGGUUGUGACAUACGGAUUUUGCAUUUUGAUAUAAAGCCUCACAACAUUCUUCUUGACGAGAAUCUUCAUCCCAAGCUUUCUGACUUUGGUUUAGCAAAAUCAUAUCCAAUAGAUGAUAGCAUUGUUUCUUUGACUGCUGCAAGGGGAACGUUUGGAUACAUGGCUCCCGAGUUUUUCUAUAAAAAUAUUGGAGGCAUCUCAUACAAAGCUGAUGUCUAUAGUUUUGGAAUGUUAUUGAUGGAAAUGGCAGGUAGAAGAAAGAAUUUGAACGCAUAUGCAGAACAUUCGAGCCAAAUCUACUUUCCCACAUGGGUCUACGACCAAUUGCAUGAUGGAAAUGAUAUAGAAAUGGAGGAAUAUGCCACAAAGGAGGAAGAGGAAAUAGGCAAGUUGAUGAUCAUAGUUGCUUUAUGGUGUAUACAGAUGAAGCCUAGUGAUCGUCCUUCUAUGAACAAAGUGGUAGAAAUGCUUGAAGGGGAAGUUGGAUCCUUGCAACUACCUCCUAAGCCUUUAUUUUCAUUACCAGAGCAACAAAUUGAGCAUAACGUGGAGAUUCCAAAUCAACAUUGCUUAUCAAUGCAUUCAAAUGAAUCAAGUCAGUCCAGUAGUACUCAAUCGUAGAAUCUCUCAAUCAAGAACAUAAUUCUAUCAUCCCUAGUCAAGGAAGCUGGCAGGUCUUCUCAUCUUUGAUAUAAACUCAAAUUAGAUGUUUCAUAUUUCUAUGUAAUAAUAAUGAAUGUUGGUGUGGUAUUUGAUAACUCUGCUUAUUCCUAUAGUAGUUUUCUUAUUUAUUCUCUUUA